GUGUUCGUGUGGGCUAAACGAAACUCCUUAUCCCUAAGUUGUGGUACCCCAACGCAAGCGAAAGAGACAAGACAGACAAGCGCAGAAAAAGGAAAGGAAAUACUACUAGUAGUAGUAGGAGUAGGGAGAAAGGAGGAGGCCAAUUGGGUAGAGGUGGUUUUCUGAUACUGUGGGAUUUGAUGUGAAGAUGAAUUUGUUAUACUGCGGAAGCGGAAUUCAGUUGGCGCCAAAUCAAAGGCCGUGGGAAAUUGAAACUGGGUUUGCAAACGGAAUUGGAUUCGUAAUCCGAAUUGGAUAAAUACUAGUACAUGGUUGCUGAUGUCAUCUACCACUGUCGGUUUCCAUCUCUCUCUCUCUCUUAAAAAUCUGCGACUCAUUACUUGUUUCACAUUGGCAGUUUUGUUGCUACCCCUCACUCACUAGACCAGACAGCAUACCCUCGCACCCACAUAGGAAUAGGAAUAGGAAUCUCACACGCUGAAGCUUUCUGUCUCUGGGUUUCCUCUUGAUUUCUUCUACUCAUUUGGUAUUUGGGUUGUGGCUGAAAAAUUAGCAGUAUGUGGAAGGAGCUCAAAUAAUUUGAAUUGGGACUCUCCUAAAGAUGCUAUUGUUUUCUAUUCCAUUCUGUUGGAGGAUUUAGUCUUAUGGAGGUUAAAGAAGCAAAACCUCCUUCGGGGUAUGGCAAACCUCCAUGGGAAUUCAAAGGCAGUGCUUUGUAUCAGCUUCACCUUGUGAAAUCAGAAACUGCUCGCGCUUUCAUCCCCAAAGAGUUCAAAUUAGUUGAAGCUUUCGGAUAUACACUGGGUGGCUUCUUUCUUGCCAGCUAUGAUGACAGCCCAGCUGGUAUCUUUGAUGAGCUCGUGGUGAUUGCCGGAAUAGUAUGGAAUCCACCUACAUCUUGUGCAUGGGCUGCUAGGGUACUUGUGAACAGUGAUGAGGCUUGUGCACAUGGAAGAAAGGUGGGAAGCUCCCUAAUGGAUGUGGGACUUCCUAGUCAAGUUGCCAGGUUUUCCAAGCAGAGAAUUACACCAAUAGCCAGGCAAUCAGAAAACAACUCCAAUAGAUUCUUCAGAAUGAUAGGGGUCAGCACUGUUUUGAGUCAUCCAAAGAAUUGCUUAGAUAUCCAAGUGACUGAAAUCAAUGGCACUUCUGCAACAGAUAUCUGUACCAUCAACGUUGGUACUGCUGCCUUGGCCAAGGCAGUACCAGAGCUAAAUUCCAACAAGUUGAUUGGGCCAGUUAUCAAGAUGUCACUUCCAAGCUUCAGUGGACGUACAGAGUAUAAUCCUCAUCUUCUUAAAUAUUCUUGUCAAAUUGAGUGCAGGAUAAGAGCAGUGCGACCAGCAAAGGUGUCGGUGUCGUCCGUAGCACCAAAAAGUGCUACUGAACAAUCUCUUGAAACCCCAAGUUCCAAGUUUGUGGAUUCUAUAAUAAGCAGAGAUCUCGUACAAAACGAAAGGAACCUCAGCAUAUCAGUGUUGUUAUCGAAACCAAUUUUGGCUCUGGAGUUCAAUUGUCUGAAAAUGCAGGUUGAAGCUCCUGCUAUCGUUUGUCCCUGCUCUGAGUACACUUUUAGAGCAGUUUGAUGGUAUCAUGAAAUGUGUCGUCUUCUUUUCUUCUUCUUUUUGGCAUUUCAACUUGCUGUUGGUUCCUGUAUAUUAGCACUAAAUAAGUUAUGGAAUUUUCUUGUUUUGUUACUCUUUCUGAAGAGCGUAUCUACUCACCGUUUCUAGUGUCA